GGCCGGGGGCGGGGCCGCCAGGUCGAGCAGGUCUGCUCCGCUCUACCGCGCGCCCAAAUCGCGCAGUCCGUCGGCCAGCUAGCACCGUCAUCGAAUCCUCGAACACCUCGCUGUAGUCCUCUCGACGCUAAGCCGCGCGUCCCACGCCUCACGCCGUCCGGCCGGUCAGUGGCUAGCGACGACCUACUCUGUCCGCUCGUCCUAGCGCCAGCCCUCGACCUGCCUGGCGCCCUCGCGCUCUAGCGCCCUAGUCCUCGGCGCGCACAGCAUGGCGCUCCGCCAGGCCCUCGCUUUCGGGCUCCUGGUCGCCGCGGCGACGGCGGCUGUGGCCGCAGCCCAGCAAGGAUGUGUGUGUGAAAGCUACAAACUGACCACAAACUGCUCUGUGAAUGCGUACGGUCAGUGCCAGUGUAUUUCAGCCGGUACACAACAUUCCAUCAUUUGCACAAAAUUGGCUGCUAAAUGCUUGGUGAUGAAGGCAGAAAUGAGUCACUCAAAGUCCGGGAGAAGACGGAAACCAGAGGGCGCCAUCCAGAAUAAUGACGGGCUCUAUGAUCCUGAGUGUGACGACAAGGGGCUCUUUAAAGCCAAGCAGUGCAACGGCACCUCCACAUGCUGGUGUGUGAACACUGCUGGGGUCCGAAGAACUGAUAAGGACAGUGAAAUCUCCUGCUCCGAGCCAGUGAGAACCUACUGGAUCAUCAUUGAACUAAAACACAAAACAAGGGAAAAACCUUAUGAUCUUCAAAGUUUGCAGUCUGCACUCAAGGAGGUAAUCACAAGUCGUUAUCAACUGGAUCCAAAAUAUAUCACAAAUAUUCUGUAUGAGAACGAUAUUAUCACUAUUGAUCUGGUACAAAAUUCUUCUCAGAAAACUCAGAAUGAUGUGGAUAUUGCUGAUGUGGCUUAUUAUUUUGAAAAAGAUGUUAAAGAUGAAUCCUUGUUCCAUUCCAAAAGGAUGGACCUGAAAGUAAAUGGCGAACUACUGGAUCUGGAUCCCAGUCGAACUUCAAUUUACUAUGUUGAUGAAAAACCACCUGAAUUUUCAAUGCAGGGUCUACAAGCUGGUAUUAUUGCUGUCAUCGUGGUUGUGGUAGUAGCAAUUAUUGCUGGAAUCAUUGUCUUGGUUGUUUCCAGAAAGAAAAGAAUGGCAAAGUAUGAAAAAGCUGAGAUAAAGGAGAUGGGUGAGAUGCAUAGGGAACUCAAUGCAUAACACUAAUUUGAAGAAUAACUACAAGAAGGGAAAUUAGUAAACAGACUCAGAUUAUAAACACGCGCAUGGGGCAAAGAGAAGAUCUUUGAAGAUCACUGUUGUGUUGUUAGUUAACAUCAUAUGUUUGUACUAGUUAAACCUGUACUCAAAAUAUAAACAGUUAGAAAUUGACUUUACCAAUCUUAAAAUUUGACUACAAGCGUCCUUUGGAUACAGAUCUAAAAUCCAGAAUUUGGACUGAUAGUUUGAAUUAUUUAUGCCUAACAUUGAAGGGCAUGCAUUAAAUAUGCUUCCGCAGUAGUCUGAAUGACUACUGUCUUGUCCAUUUGUGAUUAAAUAGCUGCUUUGCUAUUUGAGUCUUGUACAUAUAAACUUUUUUUAUGAACUAUGAAAUAAACAUUUAAAAAAUGAGUUUCCUAACUUU